AUGAGCAACUACUCUCGGCGCACCGAGGCAACCAACGAUUCCUACGGACUGAUGAAUCCGCCAUUGACCGUCCCCGGACCAUACACUCACCCGGACCACAGUCAUCAUCACGACUUUGGCUCCGCGGGAUCUCCCUCGUACCCCUUCUCGCAACCCUCCUACAAUCCCUAUGGGACUCAGUUCAGCCCGCCAUAUGGUCAGCCGUCGCUCUUGUCACCAGGCAUUCAGCACCUGCAAUAUGCCUCGGACCAUGCCACUCCGUCCAUGUCCACGGCGGAGGAGAUGAGAAUGCAUCAGCAUCCGCAUCAUCCGCACCCGCAUCCGUCGACGCAGUACAUGACUCAAUCACGGUACUUGCAGUCGCCGAGGUAUUUGCCGCUGCGGGAUGCACUGAGUGAGACAGAGAUUGAGAGUCAGGAGUCUCGCCAUGAGGAAACGAUGUUGUCGGAGCCGGUCGUGCCGGCGCUGGAUGGGUUUCCAGAUGUAAAGGAGUUUGAUCAGUUGAUGCGGAGCUACGUGGAAGAUCUCUCUGUCAAAAAGCAGGACAAGGCUUUGAUUCAUGCGAAACGCGCACGGAAUAUUCGGACCGUCUUGAUUGACCCCAAAGAUACGGCGGUGGAAUCUGCUCAAUUUCGGUUCUGGGUCAAGAAAAUGUUCAAACUUCAGCCAGUCGGGAUUGGAAACGACACUUGUCGGAAAAUGAUCUGCCAUGAAGGCAAACCCGUCGCGAUUCGUGAGAAACUCUUCAAGAUUCUCACCCGCGCACAUCAGCAAUGUCAACAUGGGGGUCGGGACAAGACCUCUGCGCAAGUCCGGCGGAUUUAUUCCUGGGUCCCCAAAGAACUCAUCUCCCGCUUCGUCAAAAUUUGUCCUACGUGUCAAGUCCGUCGUGGCGGAUCUCGCUUGACACCUCCCAACUCCCGUCGUGGCUCGCCGCGUCUGGAAAUGGUUUCACGAUCUCCCAAACUUCCAUCUCCGCCGAUUGUCAAACGAGGCUCGGCGUCGUCGUACGGGACAGACCCGGCGGCCCAGUCCGACUAUCUGAGCCAGUAUCAUGGUCACAGUCAUAGCCACGGUCAUGGCCACGGUACCUGGAUGGAUCCCUCGUCGCAGAGUAUGCAGACUCGAUCCUCUGCGUUGACUUCCUCGGGAAUGCGCUCGUUUGCGCCGGGUUCGGGGCUGAAUCCGACUCAUUCCAUGACACCGGGAUUGGAUCCCUUUGCGGAGGAUAUGUCCAUGCCGCCGUCGCAAUUGGGCUAUGCCACGGGGUACAUCCAAUCUCACCACGGGGGGUCUUCAUCAACCCAUCGGGAUUAUUGA